UAGAUUUUGUAUAUUUGUAAGUAGCGUGAAUUGUGCGCGUUGUUGAUAUACAUAUUUGAUAAUUACGAUCAGAGUAGUCUAGGGAGGGACGGAGCAACAUGGGUGAUGCGUGCCAGCCACCCGUUGACUAUCCAUCAUGUCCGCCCGGGGCCUCGUGUCCGCCAUGUGAUUGCGGCGAUUACUCCGGCUGCUGCUACCAGCAGCCACCGCGCACCCUUCCUAUAGUCCCACAGUCACAUUUUAUGCGCUCCAGUGCUAAAAUGGACACGGAUACCAUCUAUCGCCGCUCGUACUAUGGCAACUGUGGGACUACGCGCGCCGCUCCGGUGCGUCCAUGCAACCACAUAAGCGCCAACACGGCGCCAAUGGAGAAGUGCACCGUGCAGAAGCUGUCGUAUCUGCCGCCGUGCCCGGCUGGACGCACCAUGCCCAUUCUUCCGAUGGCAAGCGGCUUGCGCUUUGAAGGGCCCAUCUAUGCCAUGACAUCGCAGAAGCAUGACUACGUGCCCAAGUGCGCGGCGAAGCAAGAGCCGUGCCUGCCACGCGGGGCCAUCUGUUCCUCGACGGCCCCCAUGGAGCGCUGCACCAUACAAAAGUUGAGCUACAUGCCGGUGGAUGUCUGCCAGAAUCCGCCGCCCAAGGCUAUGCCGCAGAGUUCGCACUACACCAAGCCCGCCGGGCCCAUGGAGCGCUGCACCAUACAGAAGCUGUCGUAUAUGCCGGUCUGCCUGCCGCCUAAGGAGCCGACGCCCUGGGCGGAUAAGGUGCGCUGUGUGCCGCCCAACUAUCAGAACAUUUGCACCACUUACAACCUGAGCUACAUGCCCAACUGCAAUGCCCCACGUACUGCUCCCAUGAUGCCCAUGAAUACUCUGCGUUUCCUUGGCAACGAUGCGGGUGCCGCCAGCACCGUCUACAAGCUAAGCUACAGGCCAGUGGAUGCGUCUCGCAGCAAGCCGAUGCCCAUUUUGCCGAGAGACACCUUCCGUCGCGCCACGGGCCCGCUGGAGCGAUGCACCGUACAAAAGCUCUCGUAUCAGCCCAAUUGUACUGAGCGCACACCGGCCAUUCGUCCCAUGGAGAAUGGCCUGCGCUUUGAUGGACCUCUAUACGCGAUGACAACACAGAAGCACGACUUUGUGCCCAAGCCGCAUGUACGUCGUGCACCCAUAGUGCCACUCACGGCCUUCUGUCGCCCCAGCGGUGCCAUGGAGCGUUGCACAGUCAACAAGCUAUCAUAUAUGCCAGUGGAUGUCACCUGUUAUCCGCGGCCCCAGGCUGUUAAGCCGCGCCAGGGCUUCUGUCGCAAUGAUGGUCCCGUGGAGAACUGCACCACAUACAAGCUAAGCUACUUGCCCAACUGUGUGCAGCCCAAGGAGCCGAUGCCCUGGGCCAGAUAUACAUCCUAUUGCCGGCCCAGUGGCCCCAUCGAGAAGUGCACCAUACAGAAGCUCAGCUAUGGUCCACCUGGUGCCUUUCAGCGUUGUGGUGGUCCAUGUGGUACCAGCUGCGCCGACACUGGCUGCUAUCCAAAGGCCGGCAUUUGUUGAAUCGGAAAUACGUUUUGCUUGCUCGUGUCGACAUGUCCCGUCGCCCGUCCCCCAUCCCCUGUCCCGAUUGUUUCAUGUUACAUGUUUCAAAAUCUUCAAGUCCAACUGUUUGAGAAGAGUUUAUUAGCUCGCGAUGACCAAAUGAGGACGCUCUUUUUUUAAAGCAGUUUUACCACUGUGGCAAUGUGCCAAACAAUCACCACACUCACCCACCGCGUUUCUUGUGCUGCAUAUAAAUUUUCAGGCUAAAAUUGCAAGUGCUCCUCGGUGAUUCAAUAAACUGUACAUUUAUUGAUUCGGUCUUGAUAAAAAAAAAUUUCUAAGUCCUAUAUUAAAAUGU